GGGUAAAAUAACACCAAAUUAAUGCCAUCACCAUGACAACGAGUUACGAGUGGGAUUUUUUUAGUGAUACCUAGCUAGCUAGACAGCUUUGGUAACAGUCUUCAUUGAGAUGUCGUGACAUAUGUGUGUGUGUGUCAUAUUAUUACACAAAAAAAUGUCUGAUGAAGAUAAGCUGGGAGCCGUUUUAUUUCAGGUUCAAGAUGAUCUGAGACAACUCAAACGUAGUCUUGAGAAAAUCACCGUCAGUGAGAGACUGGACAUUCAAGCCUUGGACAAUGCCAUUCGCAAGACAGAGAGCAGCAUCAGGAAACAUGCAGAGGAUCAUCUGAAAUCAGUGUCUAGGCAGCUGCUGGUUCUUCCAAGCAUUGGCAAUUUACAACAAAAUACAGCGCACAUUCCCAAAUGGAAACCUGCUCUGGAGAGUAUCCCAGAUGUGCAUCCACAAAGGGAAGAGCUUCCAGGGCCCUCACCUGGGGAAAAGCACAAAUCAGCGUUAUCCAUGCGUCUGCUGUGUAAUCCCGCUCACCCAAACAACAGAGCCAUCAUGCAUGAGAAAUAUGGCAUAUCACUCCCUGACAUCCGCAAGAGGAGCACAAAUGCAGCAAAACAUCCUAAAAUAAUCACUGGCUCUGUGGUGAGUCCUCAGGCAAUUGAACCAAAGGGCCGUCACAGCCUGGCGAUGCCUGGAGAAGAGAUAGGGACAGACACAAGUUUGCUUCAUAUGUCGAUCCAGCACAAGGCUGCUCCUUUUCACCCCAGAGAGGAUUCAUAUUCUUCUAAGAUAGCGAAGUCUAGGGGUCAAAAGCAGCUGAGAUGGGAAACAGAACCUGGAUUGACCUGUGAAAGUGUAGGCAGAGAAGGCACACCACCCUGGACCACCAAGACACCGCCACCCACAACCUCCAAGAGUAUGGACCAUAGGAGUAUGAUACAAGGAACAAAUGAUCUUACCCCUAAAGGUUUUCAGAAUCUACCUGUGCAUGUUCCUGUAAACAUCAGCAAAUACCCCUUCACCAUCAUAAAGGGACAGAUCAACCCAAUGGCGACAGAUUUCUGUCACUUCACGCAAAGCUUUAGCUUGAUCUGGAGCACCGUGGUAGGUCCUCUGGAGGCCCUGGAAAAGCUGCUCAGGGACUUUGCUGUGCCUCUAGCCAAAGUGAGCGGAGAACGGCUAGUGGAGUUUGGCCGUGGUUGGGAUAAUGGUUGGAAAAAAGCUCCUCCAGUGAUCAGCCUCCUCUCAGUGCUUGAAAACUGGGAGGAGGUAUUGGGUCUGGUCUUACGCCCAGGUCAACGCUACAAGGGAGAGGGAGGCAUUGAGGCGGCUGCCAUCCACAUUCAGUCCUGCUGGAGGCGCCACUCAGCCCGGACAGCCUACCUGCGCCACUGUCAGCGCAAGUGGGCGGCAGGGACCAUCGCCAUCUCAUGGUUGAUGCACAAUCAGAUGCGUCGUGUCAGGAAGGCCCUGCAGGCCCGGCGUUUCAGACAGCUGGAGAAUUACCGUAGCAGAGCCCAGCAUCUGGCAGCCAACUGGAAACACAUCCAGUCCUCCAAGAGGACCAUUAUCCACAUCCCUUCAUUAGGAUACUCUGAGAGCCAGCGACAGAGCUUGAGGGGAUUUGACGUCCUACAGAACAUCCAAAUAAGCAGACUGUGUGAUAUAAGAGAUGAAAACGUGGAGGUGAUUUACAUUUGUCCACGGCAUCUGGGGGAUGACAUCUUGCACUAUUACACCAGCCUCCUGAAGUGUGAUGGAGCCACAGACGGGGCUGAUACCGGGACAACACAACCCUCAUCCUGCGCCAGACGCUUUAUCAUCCUCACGCCUGAGGCUGUAGAUUACUUCCCGACUCACAACAUGUGCCUGUCCACACUGCUAAAGUACAGUCCACGCACCCUGAAGCGCAUCAGGAACCUGAUCCAGGGGAAGCAGGCCUAUAUUGUAGGUGGAGUGGCCCACAUGGAUGACCUGGCAGUGGCUGAUGAGUUAGGAGUACCAAUCCUGGGUCCAGAACCAGCUAUUGCACAGCUCUACAGCACCAAGUCUGGAGGGAGGAGGAUCUUCGCCGGGGCGGAGGUUGACGUACCCCCUGGUCAGGGAGACAUCUACUCACUAAACCAGCUUUAUGAAACACUGGCGGAGCUCAUGACUCACAACAUGGAUGUGCAGCGCUGGCUCUUCAAGAUGGACUCUGAGCAUGGUGGGCUUGGUACAGCAUACUGUGACAUACGCUAUCUUAGCUGCUAUAACUGGGCCCUGCAGGAAUAUCGUCGUUAUGGUACUGAGCUAUGGAAAACAACAUGGAUUCAGGAGUCUGUACUGCUCAGAUAUUUAGAUGAGAUCCCAGAGUGGCUUGCCCGUUACGCCCGGCCUGCUAAAACCUCCUGCUAUCCCAACUGGGCCUGCUUCCUGAAGACCUACCUCAGGCAAGGUGGUGUGGUAGAGGCCUACCCCCCUUCCGACAGUGUCACCUGUCUGACAGUAGAUCUGCUGCUGGAGCCCGGGGGUGAGGUGACCAUGCUGUCAUGUGGAGACCAGCUUCACGGCUCCUGUCAACUGGAAACUAUAGGCUCCACCAUUCCUCAGACGUCCGUACGCCCAGAGACUUUGCACUCCAUCUGCGUGCGCGUAGGCCAGGCCUGUCUACAACGCCUCAUCAUAGGUUAUGUCUCCGUGGACCUGGCUACCUUUCUGAACCACAACACCAUGGAGCAAAGGGUGUGGGCUAUUGAUCUAGACCUCACGUACAGUGACCAGCUGGCCAUGACCCAGAUGCUUCUGAUGAUGACUGGAGGAACGCUGAAUUGCCGCGCAGGCUGUUUAGAAGUGCCAAUGCCAGUCAGAGAGAAAUGCUAUGAACACCAGAUUGCAACCAAACCUCCUGUGGUUAAUCAUUAUGCAGUCAUCGGGAGCCGCUUGUUUCACUCCAACCUUUCCAUGUUAUACCACAGUGUGUUCUUAAAGAUGUGCAAGGCUCAUGGCAUAGGAUUCAACAUGAAGAGAAAGCAAGGCACGGUUUUUGCUCUUUAUGACAGCAGCGAGCGAUGCAGCAUUGGAAUGAUAGCAGUCUCCGAAGAUCUCCAGGGAGCUCUCAUGACCUUUGCUCGGAAUCUGUCAGUCAUUCAUCAGGAAAUAUCAGCCUCUAAAAUGCAAGGACAAACCAAUUUUAAGGAGCUGAUCAAGGACAUCGAGGAUGUACUGCAGAUGACUGUUCAGAACAAGAGGCGAGUGGCAGAGGAUAAACCUGCGACUUAGACAGCUGCUUCACUGAUAAACACGUCAUUAUUAUUUUUUUACCAGCUAUGAUGUCAAAUUACCCCGUGAAUACAUGAACCUUGGAGAUGCGUUCAUCGUGAUUAAACACAGAUAGGCAAAUAAAUCCCUGAAAAGCAAUGUCUGACUUAAUUCCUUGAAUAUAAUUACAUAUUGGAAAGUGACAGCCAUUAAAGACAUACAGUAAACAAUGCGCAAUUCCAGCAAGGAAUCAAAAAUUUCAUUCAUGAAAGUGCAUUUAUCAUGUUAUAUGGAGCAGUUUUUAGAUUUUGUAUUGGAAAAUGCAGAUUAAUCAUGCUUGUAGUAAACUACUAGUGUAACAUAAAUUUAACAUGUUUGUGUGCUGCAUAGUGUCAGAUGUUUACAACAUGAGACGAGAUGUAUGAGUGUAUUGAAUCUUACUGUUUAGUGAGAUGUUCCAUACAUACAUUUCUUUUGUGGUUUCAUAAGAAGGUUAGUGGUACUGGCUGUAAAAAAGACU